UUGCCUUUUUCAUGUUGAAUAUCAUAAAUUGGUGAAUUCUCAACUUGUUCAACUUUCGAAUAAAAUAUUUUAUGAAUAAUUGUUUUUUACGAUUACUAGAUGAGUCAAUACGUUGCAACAUCAUAAUUAUUUCAAUGGGAUAAAAAUACACUGUGUUCACCUGUAAUACGUCUUUGUUUGCGUUCCAAACCGAAAAUAAACUCUACAAAAUUUGCAAGUUCUCCACAACAGCAUCAUAUCAUUUGUACGAAUUCCAGACAAGCGCAAACUUACCGACUCUUUGAACAUGCGGUAUGCAUACGGAAUAAAGCUUCACAAUACAGCAGCAAGUCAAGAAUUAAAAUGCCGUGUGUCAUCGUUCACCAGUGAUUGUUUGCUCUCGUUCGAAUGAGCAUGUGUAUCAUAUUUGGCACUCGAAUUAUAUAUGUGCAACGCGCGUGUGCAUGUCCACAGCGAUAAAAACGUUUAAAUUAUUCAUUAUGGUCCAAAAUUUUUUAGCCAUCAUUUAAUAUUGAAUAGGUAAUGUGAAAUAAAUGAACGAUGUUUUACUAUCGUCGAAAAGAACGAUAAUCAAUUCGUUUUUGUGUGUCAAACUCUUGGAGAAAAAAAAUUUGCCUAACAACUGAUCAUAAAAAACUGUCCAACGAACGGUGCAAGAAUCGUAACACAGACAUCAAACGUCUCAUCUCUCAGUCAAAAUGGCAUCCCAAAAUGGUAAUCGAGAAGAAUUCGUCGAAGGUUGGACUCUUGCGCAGACUCUUGGAGAGGGUGCAUAUGGCGAAGUUAAAUUGUUGUUGAAUCGACAAACCGGCGAAGCAGUCGCAAUGAAAAUGGUCGAUACAAGAAAACACCCUGAUGCAUCGGCAUCAGUAAAAAAAGAAGUAUGCAUACAGAAGUUUUUGCAGCAUCCACACAUUUUACGUUAUUUUGGAACACGACGCCAAAACGAAAUAGAGUACAUAUUUUUGGAAUAUGCUGCGGGUGGCGAGCUAUUUGAUCGUAUUGAACCCGAUGUUGGAAUGUCAGUAGACGAUGCAAAAUGCUUUUUCAAUCAGUUAAUGGAUGGUGUAAACUAUUUGCAUAAUAAAGGAGUCGCUCAUCGUGAUUUAAAGCCCGAAAAUUUAUUGCUUGAUGAACACGACAAUUUAAAAAUAUCCGAUUUCGGCAUGGCUACUAUGUUCAGAAUCAAAGGCAGAGAGAGACUACUUGAUAAACGAUGCGGUACUCUCCCAUAUGUUGCUCCAGAGAUUUUGAUUCGACCCUACAGCGCUACAGCGGCAGAUAUUUGGUCCUGUGGCGUUAUUCUGGUAGCCAUGUUAUCUGGCGAAUUACCAUGGGAUGAACCAAGUCUGGGAUGUGCUGAAUUUGUAAAAUGGAAAAGUGAUAUCUCUUGGAUGACAAUAACGCCAUGGAGUAAGGUCGAAACGCUAGCCCUAUCGUUGUUGCGGAAAAUACUUGAGCCGGAUUCAAGAAAACGGAUAACUGUAAAAGAUAUUAUUGAACAUAAGUGGUGUCGAGCCAAAUUGAGCGAAAAUAAACGAAAUAACGUAGAAAUGCCGCGAGCCAAACGCUUCCGAUCAAAUGAUUAUUCGCGUGGUGACAAUCCCGUUAAUUUAACGCAACCCACCCCACAGAUUGUACAACAGAAAGAUGAUAAUUCAAAUGAUAACACAAAUAAUGAUCAAAGAAGCGACUUCUGCUUCUCACAGCCAACACUUAUGGAAGAUCUCAUUCUUUGUACUCAAAUGAAUCCAACCCAAAGCACUCAAAAUCCAUUCCAUCGCCUUGUUAAGCGUAUGACUCGCUUCAGCGUUACAACACCUUCAGAUGAUACAAUAAAACGAAUAAUCGACACUGUAUCUUCAAUGGGAUACGUAUGGAAAACCACCGAUACAAAUAUUUUAACCAUAUCAACAGUUGACCGACGAAAGAUCCAAUUAGUUUUCAAAAUUAAUCUCAUCGAAAUGAGCGAAAAUGUUCUGGUUGAUUUUCGCUUAUCGAAAGGCGAUGGCAUCGAAUUCAAACGACGCUUUAUUCAAAUUAAGAAAUCGUUAGCUGACAUUAUUGGCAAGGAACAACAUUUCUGGUAGAUUCCGAAAAAUACUCCAUUAAAAGACAAAUGACAUACACACCAAAUGCUUGUGACAAAGUUUUCUUUCAUUAUACAUAUCAAUUGAACAAAUCCGAUGGUCCAGUGUUUAAGCCAAUCAUAGUUUUUUAUUUCAUUCGAUUCAUUUUCCAUUUAUCAUUUUCCAGUCUCAUAUGAAAAUUAGCAUCCGUUGACGUACCAUUUAUUGACUGCGGUAUAUUUUUAAGAUUUAGUUGCCAAAAAUCGAGUUGUUUAAUUGUUAAAAUCAAUUUUCCUAUGGAAAAAAAUAAAUGAAUAUUUUCAAACAACGA